AUGUCGUCGACUGCUUCUCUCGUCUCGUGCUUCCUCCUCUCCGCUCUCGUCCUCCUCUCCCAUGGGGAGGAGUCUGCGGUUGGCCUGAGAGGUAACGAAUCUGUUUGUUUGACUUCGCUCUCAACGGCCGCCUUGUUCUCUUUGCAGAUCAGGAAGAUUUCAUCUUCUUCGUUCUCUAUUCUGUCUUUCUUUGUGAGCUUAGAGACCAGUUGGUUCUCGUUUUGUCUCUGAAUGUUCUGAGCCUAUUUGCUUGUAGAAUUCUAGGGUUAUUUUCCUAGCUGAUCAUGACUUGUUUGAGGUCGAUGAAUUUCAUAUUUGAGUACGCCACAGGAGCUCUGUUAUUAUUUUUAGUUUGUAUCACAAUAAUUUCGAGACUUUAGAUGGGUGAUUUGGCGAGCCGUGGCUUUCAAAACAGUCGAUAACUUCUGGCCUUUUUUGGAGGAACUCAGCGACAGGCACAUCACAAUGAAAUACAUUCCUUUAAUCAAAUAUUUAACCCAUAACUGCAGUUGCUCCAUGAAUUCAAAUAACUCCUCAACAACUCUAGUAGAACAAAAUAAACGUCCUAAAUACUGGGAAUAUUAAAUCACUCUUUUUAGCGUUGAUCAUUUAGAGAUGACAGUACUUGUAGUCGGAUGGGAACUGAAAUAGUCAUUUAAUAUUCUCAGGACUGUGACUAACGUUGACACUGUUGUCACUGGCUCUUGCAGUAGCCGAUAUGUAAAUCAUCGUCUAAGGUGAAUUCUUUUUUUUUCGUUUGCGUCAAAGUCGGUGGCACUGAUCUUAUCGAACAGUAGAGCUGUAGAGGUAUCUCUGAUUAGCAGGUGAGGCAUUUCAGUUCUCAUACCUCAGCAAGGUAAUGGCACAGAAGGGGUGAGUUCCUAAUGAUGACUUCUUACCAGAUCCCUUUGUCCGGCAUUAUCUGGAGAGCACAUCAAUGUGUUUGGAAAGCAGUAUUUGUUCAACGGUAUUUUUCCACUGUCUUUUUGAUUCAAGGCAGAAUGGGAAAAAGAGAUGACGUGUUGACCUGAAAUAAAUCCUGUGAAGUGCCAUUCAUCAACUUUGCAAGAAAACCCUUGAAUCCUGAUGGCGGAGAGUCGCUUUGUGGAGAUCAAUAUAUUUAAUGCGAAAUUAAAAAAAUUGCAUUCAUCCAUAGGUUGCCUCUAUCUAAACGGAAAACAAACCUUCGAAACUCAACCUACUGCUGGAAAAAAUCUGCUGAAAAAAAUGAAUAUACUAGUGAUCCUAAAUAUAUUCUGUUACUUAUUUUUUCUUCCUCAAUUUUGCAGUUAUCUCUCCCUCUUUUCUCAUGAAAAAUAAUGGAAUCCAGCUUAUGCCAUCCAAUCAUUUGUUUCAUUCUGUAAUGCUUAUGUUAAAUGAUUUCCUUUCUUUAUUUUCCCCAUAUAAAUGAUAGGAAUGCUUCGUUUUUUUUUAAAUAUUAAUAAUGGCGAAAGUGCAUAGUACAUUUUUUCAUCAUUUUUUCCUUUCAUUAAGUUUAUGAAUGCCGUUAACCUGUUUUUUUUUCUCUGUGUCAUCAAAUUAGCAGAAAUCAAUCUAGAUAAUCCAAUCCAUGGGUUCACUUCAUUACGAAUUGAUGGAAAUAUAGUAGUUCAAGCCAAUGGAGAAAGUUUAUCCUUUGAGAGAAUUCAUGUUGUUGGCCUAUCAAGGAUUAAGAUCAGGAGCUAUCCGAGUUCUUUUCACAUCAUAGUAAAGGCUUCUGAUGAUAUACCCGAAAGGUAUCAUAGCAAGCUGGAGGUUUGCUUUCAUGGGUAAGAAUUAUUUUGCUUUUUUGAUUCAUGUUUCCUUGCGUUCUUUUUUAGUUCUUCUUGUAAAAAGUUCUUUGAUUGGAAAGCAGCAAUUGAGAGUUAGCUUUCACUGUAAAAUAUCUGCAGGAAUGCUUCUCUAGGAUUAGGCCAAUGCAACAAAGAUGAUUGGAGUGCUCUCCAAAAUGGACAAUGGGCUGCUACUAUGUCACCUUACGGAGAUAGAUAUCUUGAUGUCAAAUUCGCCAGUGGAGUAUCUGGUUCCAUUACAAUUUCUUUGGAAGAGGGUAAGUGGCAUUUUCUUCUUUUUUUCGUUGAAUAUUGAGAUUUUAUGUUACCUACUAUAUUUGGGUAAAUAUUAAUCACUCUUCCUAUUACUUACGUAAUUUUUUUUCUUCAGAAUUUCAGCAGUGGCGUCUCAUUUCCCUUGCUUUUGGAUUUACUCUUCUGGUACUGGCUCCGAUUGUCAGCAGUUGGGUGCCAUUUUAUUACAGCAGUUCCAUGGUUCUUGGGGUUCUUCUUGUCAUUUUGAUUAUUCUGUUUCAGGUAAUAUUCCUUGCAUGAUUCUUGGUAUGAAAAUUAUGUUGAUUUGACGCAAAUUAGAUAGAUGCAACUGCAGAGUUACCCGGAUACUUUUAAGGGAACCAUGUAUAUGGUCUUGUGAUCCAGUAAUAUUAACAUUUUCAAAUACAUGUUGGAUUGCUGCGAUUGAUCCCUUUCUUGAUAUGGCCGUACGUCUAUGCUUAGUUUUCUUGGUCAUUGUUUUAUUUAUACACUGGAUCAGCGUUUACAAGAUUCUGAUUUAGAUAAGCAUUUGUUUUUGGUCGCUUUUUCAAAGUCUUCUCAAGGGAUUUUGGUUUAGAAACACACAAGUCAGCUAGAGUUCAAAACAUUUUUCUUGUUUUGGGCCCUAAUUGAAUCCCCGGUUGAUUAAUCUGAUAUUGAACUCGAUAUUUUUUUUCUUCGUGAUGCUUCCAUAUGCAUGAGCUUCAACUUUUAUGGGGAUAUCCAACAGUGUGUCUGAAAGAGAGGGGGGAGGUGACCUCCAGGUACUGGUCGCUGCUCAAUAAAAGAGGGUAAUCUUCAAGUGCAUUAACCAUAAAAGCGACAGGCAGCUUUCCGAAAUUACCUUAGUGCUGGACAAAGCAAAUUCCUUGGUAUGCCCCACUGUUGGAGAGAAGAGAAUUCUGUGGCUCCAACUGUGGAGAAAGUAUAAUUCUUGAAAUGACUUCAAAUUAGAGAAGGCUGCAUUGUCAAAAUGUUCUCACUAUUGGAGAAAACAGAAUUAUUUGAAUGCCAAGCCUGCGAGAAUCAUAGCAUACCAACAAGGGGGCAGCUACUAUGACUUCCAAUGGUCAUUAGUGACCUCCUUAGGUAGAUUAAUGAGGGCUUGCUGUAAGCAGAGCAUAUCCCUGGGACGCCUGAAGAAGGAAGGUGAUGAUGACUGACUGCCAUUGCCACGGUCCUCCAACUGGACACCAACAGGUGGCCUCCUAAUCUCUUAGUGGCCGUUUUGAAGGGGGGCCAGCAAGGACUCUCAAAGGAGGCACUCACUGAUGGCAUCCAUCGCCACUGUUGUCUCUGCCUAGUUGGGUCUGUUGCAAGGUAAGGAGGCUUCACAUGGUUGGCUCAAAUGGGUCAAGACUAUGCACAAUUAGUUAGCCUUGGUGGUGGAAACGAGAGCCGAAAGCCCCCAGUUACCCAUGUAUAGAAGAGAGGACUGUUUUUAAAAAAGAGAUUACAGAACCUUGGGUUUACAUGAGAGGAGAAUCUAAGAAAGUAGAAUAUUUUAUAAAGCUUCAUAGGAGAAAGUAGAUAUGAAAAGAGGCGAGAUAGGGGUCAAUUGUUCCAGAAGGGGGUGAUUAUGAUGCCGCAGGAUCUAUACCAUGCAUUAUGGAUAGCACCAGCCAAUUUAGGGAUUGUGGAAGUGAAAGCUAGAAGUGGAAGUCAGAAAAGGGGGCCAUCGGGGAAAAUGAGAUGUUAUUUCAAAUGGCAUUCCACUUUUUCUUGAAUGCUCUAACCUACUGAAGGCUUCAAUUUAGGCCAUGAAUAACUUUUUUUUCUAGAAUGAUUUUGUUGCUCCCUCUGCCAGUGUUGUUCUUAGGCACUCCCAGGAUUGCUAUCGCUAUUAUCUCACUUCCAAGAAAUAAAGGAUAUGCCAAGUCUGCAUGGUGACGUGAAAUCUAAAAAUUUACAGAACAAUAAAAGUCCAUAACUGCCAAGGUAUGAGCCUUACUCGAGCAGUGUCCUCGGACUAAAAACCAACAGAGUUUUAUAAUUCCACCCUGAAAACCUCUUAGUUUAAAAUAGUCCAUUGUCAAAACAGUACAUUAGAAUUUCAAUAUUUUAAAUGUAUACAAAUUUUGUAAAAAUUGCAGAAAGUUUCAGGUUAUUAUGAAAGACAUAGAAUUCAUGAAAACGACAUAAUAGCAGAGCUUUAACAGAGCAAGAAGAAUAUAGAUAAUAACUUAUAACUAACACCCUCGUUUUGUGAAAAUGGUACAGAUUAUCUUGUUUAGCAAGAGCAUGGGCUCCUUGACAUGUUGUUUCGUUUUUUUCAAAGGCAUCACUUGUAUGUAUGUAAUCAUCUGAGUUCCCUCAACAAAGUAUAUAAUUAACAUUAACUGGGGUGGUAGAAAAAUAUCCCAGUUCCCGAGGCAACUGUCAAAAUAUCUGUCCUUCCUGGUGGACAUUCAAAACGAUUUUGUGAAAACUAUAGUCAAAUAGGUGGAUAAGAUUUUUGAAUUUGUCGUAAUUGGGGUGCUAACUACCGUCUACAUUCAUAUUAUCUGGCAACGCCAUCUAAAGUCUUAUAGAGUACUUUCAGAUCAAAUAGGAGACUUUCUGAUAUUUUAUGGUACGUGGCCUAGUUUCCUGUCAUUUUUAAAAUUGUCGUAUAUGCCUUGUUUUGUUGUUCACAUUUUAUUUUGGUCGACUACAUUGGAAAAAUGAAUGUAUGUGAUGUCUACGUAUUAGCUGUUUCCUUGUCAGUGGAAAUAGGUUCUGUAUGUUUUGCCCAUGCGAGAUGAAAGUCUCAUGCACGUCUUUAAAUUAGAGAAAGAAGUGAGGAAUCCUCGUUUCGACUUUGACUCUCCCAGUCCACUUGUUUUUCCUUCUAUUACUUCGAAAGGAGCUGCUUCAGCUUCAGCCAUGCUAAUUUUUGAUGUGGCAAUUGUCGAUCUGGAGAUUUAGCUUGUAUGAAUCAGUAUUGGUUUGAUGCCAAUACUUGGAAUCAUGCCAGUGUCCAGAGUACAGAUGUGUCCACAAUUCAGAAUUUUUUGAGGAUACAUUUAUAUAAUGUAUAAAGAUAUAAUGUAGUGCAGUGUAUAGUGUGCGAGUGAGGCAUCCGAUAUAUGAAGGCUGAAAGAUGCAAAUACAUGCACUGUAGUCUGUGCUGAAUUUAACGGUUAUUCAACUGAAUCUACUGGCUUGUCAUAAGUUUUAUUCCUACGUUUAAUCAACUCUUGUUGGCCUCUCAUUCUGACACAGGGGAUGAAGUUACUACCAACUGGAAGAAAAAGUUUCUUGUACCUUACACUUUAUGGAUCAAUUGUAAGCAUAUUCUUCUGUGUUACGUCAAUGUCUUUUUUCUUUUGGUAACGUUGGCAGUUGUUAUUUAGAGCAACAAUUCAGGAACUUAUUUUAUUUUGUGUAUUCAGCUUGGUGCUGGCUCUUUUCUGGUGCAUUACUUCUCAGUGGUGGUCAACUCGAUUUUAGUGAAUUUUGGGCUCGAUGAAGAGAUGCAUAAUCCAGUAAGUCAACGGAUUCCAACUUUGGUCUUGUUUUUUCACUUUCGUACCUUCUACGCUGGAUGAGUGAAAGAAACGGUACCAUUGCCAUGUGUGCCAACUAUUUGCUAUAUUAUUAUGGCGAUAGAAAUGUUCUUCUGUUUAAUUAUAUGAUUGAUUUUUAGAUGAUGUAUAUCUUUGCAUUUAUGUGUUUCGAUGCAACAUCAAGAUGUUAUUUGAAAAAAUUAAUCUUAUUGGUUGGUUAAUUGGUCAGUGUUUUUAUUUAUUAAGUGCGUUGGCUUAGUAUUAUUCUGGAUGCAGCACAGUCAUUCCAUUCAAUCUAAUAAGGAGCUUAUUUCAGAAUUGAGAAGUUCUCUGGCGCGAAAAUUAGUAUUCUCUUAUUUAUUGCAUGUAUAUACUAUUUAGGCAGGAUACCUAUUAUUACUGAAAAGAAGAAGAGAAUCUCAGAAACAGUGGAAAGUCAGUAAAUUGAGGAAGAAGGUGACAUAGAAAUAACUUAGGAACCAAAAGAAAUUAAACAGGCUGAAGAGGGGAUCCACCGAAGAAAAUUACUCUUGCUGAUGUCUCUUUUCUUCUUGUGUUGCAGGUUUCUGUUUUUCUGUUAGUUGGAAUUACUCUUGCUGGUGCUGCUCUGGGGUACUGGGUAGUGCGCAAAUUUGUCCUUUCUGAGGAUGGCACUGUGGAUGCUGGAAUUGCACAAUUUGUAAAGUGGGCUAUGCGCAUCUUUGGCGUUGUGUUUAUUUUUCAGGUAGACUUCUAUUUAGCGUUCUUUAUUUUUAGGUUUAAUAUAAAAUAAACUCUUACUAAUUGUUUUGCCUAUUGUUAUUCUUCUGUCUCGUGGUAACCAGCAUUAUUAAAAAUUAUUAAUGGUGGAAACAUGAAAGGUGUUUAGAUUUUGGUUUGCAUUCGGAUUUUCUUCUGGGCUAAAAUUUCAACUUAUUGUUCGUCUGAUGUUGUUCAACCCAUUGUUCAUCCGAAAUUUCUCGCAAGUUGCAAUGGUACCUUGUGUGUGAUUAAUUUAAAUCAAUAUCUCGGAAUACUUUAUAGGAUAUUUCUAAAAAUGAUCGUGUACAUUUUUUUGCACAGGGGUAUGUGAAUUUUGUUUGAAAAGAGACGUUGAUAUGAUCAUGUUUCUGUUUUAGCAAAGAAAAAGAGGUGUUAGAGGCUGGAUCACGAAACUGGAAUGUAGGACGUAAUGGAGAACAUAAGGCGUAUUAAGUACUAUGUUGCAUAAUGAUAAUGCAUAUCCUUUAAAAUAUUUAAUCGUUCAGAAAAUUAAAUUCGGAAAGAGAAGUUCGGCUUAUCUGGUCUUUGCAGUCUUAUGUUGGGAAUUUUAUUGUUUUUCGUUCCUCUCUGUCGAGAUGCUCUGGUCUGCAGAAGUGCAUGGUACGGCUUUGCUUCGAAAUAUUCUUGUAGUCUUUUCCUCUUAACGUAGAAAGCACGCCACUGCGUUUAUGAUGCUUUUUUCAUGCCAGAGCACUCUCGAUUCCGUCCUAGCAGUGGCGACACUGGCUCUUUUCUGGAGUGUGCGCUCUGCAAUUUCUUUGUUCAGCCGUUGGCUAAGAUCGGGGUAAGUUCAACGUCCCAGCAUACCUCUGCUUUCCCAAGUUCCCAGCUCACAAGAGAUAUUAUCUGAGAAAACUCUGGCGAUGUUACCCAUUACAGAAAUCAGGGAAAUUCAGCGAAUUUAAAUAUAUGGGAACUGGAGACUAGGAAGCUAAACCGCAGGCGAGCUGAAUUUCUGAGCCGCUCUCCUAAGAGAGGCUCUAGGAAGCCUUUUCUGACCAGCCCUGAUAGUCCUUAUGCAUGGUCUGGCUCCCCAACCAAAGGUAUGUGCAUUUCAGUCUUCUUCUCCCAUGUUACACACGCUUCAGCAAAGGCCGCAGCAUUUUAAGUUUAUCUUCAUCUAAAUAGUUUAUAGGAUAUGAAUAAUCCCUGGGAUUCCCUAUUUCAGGCUUGUUCUUAUGAACAUCAGGACUCCGAAAUCAACUAGAAUAUUAAAUCCAUAUCUACAUGCUUUCAUGCGCAAACUGUGUGUAUGUGUGUGAAUCCUCAAAAAAGUUAUCUCCUUUGGGCAUUUCAGCGUUGAUAUAUUCGACGCCCGGCAAGAGAAGGGGCGCUCGGCAGGUGGACUACUACUCCACCUUUCACAGGACGCCCACGCGGCACAGGUUCUCCAAGAAUGAGUGGGACAGCUUCACCCGUGAGUCCACCCGGGAGGCCCUCGCGGAGCUGGCCUCGACGCCCGACUUCUCCAACUGGAUCGCUGAGAACGCCCACCGAAUCCACCUCACGCCGGAGCAGAGCUCCGAUGACGGCGUGGAGAGCAGCUCGGACUCCUCGGAGGCGACGACCGUCGGGGAGGGUGAGGACAGGCUUGGCUUCUUCGGUCGCUUCAUGUCUCACUAG